GCACAGUCCCCGCAUCAACCUGCUCUGCUAGCUGCGGUCCGUCCGCCUCUCAGGUGUCGACGCGGUUUGCGCCAGCCAGCGACAACUCCCAAUAAAAAAAAUCAAAGGUCGACUGAUCGAAAUAUUGCCUAGGUGCCCGGAGAGGGGCCACAGACAGCAGCCCAGCUUUGAUCCAGGUCAACUACAGAGGAAGAGGUUGUACACUGGGAGUCUUCAACCUCCUCUCCUUCUCCCCCUCCACCCUUCCUGUCCCAGUCUUCCUCUUCUACCCAUCUCCAUUCUUCUCAUCUCACCACUCCUAUCCUGUCAUCCCUUGACACUUCUCUCUCAUCCCCUGUCCCCACCUCCUCCUCAUCAACUCCUCCUCCUCUGUUCCCACCUCUGCUGGUCUCCAUCUUACCUGUCCAGCCCUGCGUCCCUGCAGCCUGAAUAUCAACAUGGCAUCAGCCCUGUUAGAUCAGUCUAGUGUCCUGCGGGAGGAGCUAACCUGUCCGGUGUGCCUGGACCUGUACCGCGACCCCCACCUGCUUCCCUGCGGCCACAACUUCUGCUUGACCUGCCUCCGCCGCCUGAAGCGCCAGUCUGAGCGCGGUCGUUUCCGCUGCCCCGAAUGUCGCGACAGCCACCGGUCUAGUGGCAACUUUCAGAAAAACUUCAAGCUGGCUAAUAUCGCCGAGGACUACCGCCGCCGCGGCAGAGCAGCCACUGCAGUCGCCGCUGCCGCCGCUGCCUCUGUGUCCAAAGAACCGCUGUCUUCCUCUCUGGCACCGCAGCCGGCCAAGACCUUGUUCUCUGUUCCAUGUGACUACUGCCCGCCAGUGGGGGCUGAGGCAGCAGGCAGCGCUCCUCCCAGCGAGGGGCCCUCUUUUAGCGCUGUGUCCCGGGAGCAGGGUGAGAUGCAAGUGUCAGCGGCCUCUGCUGUGUCGACACUGGCCGUCAAGACAUGUCUGAAGUGCGAGGUGUCUAUGUGUCAGGAGCACGUGAAGCCACACCUGGAGCUGCCGGCGUUCCGCGAGCAUCCACUGACAGAACCGCUGAAUGACUUCAGGAAGAGGAAGUGCCUAGAUCACGAUGAGAUAUACAGAUACUACUGCAUGGACGACAAGGUGUGUGUGUGCAACGCCUGUACCAUUGAAGGAGGACACUCAGGACACACAAUCAAGACCCUAAAAAACACCAUGAAAGAUCUGAAGGGCACGCUGGAUAAACAGCUGUACUGGGUUGAGAGAAAGUACAGCAUGGCGGAGAAGAAACUCCACGAGCAGAAGGAGAAGGAGAGGCAGAACAAGAAGUUUAUGGAGGACUCUGAUCGCUGCAUGACAAGAUUGGGCGAGGAGAUGAAGGUCAAAGUGGACGGAUUUAUCACAAGGCUGCAAGACUGGAGCCGAAUUCACUGCGACACCAAUGGGCCGGCGAUCCUAAAGAACAUCUCCAGUAUCAGCCAGGACCAGGCCCGCCUCCAGGAGGUCCGCUGUGGCAUUGAGGGCCUCAUGCAGGAAAACGACCCUUUCCGCUUCAUUGAGGCAUACAAGACAACAGGAAAACAGUGUCGUCGGCAGCUACGGAAAACCCUGUUUUACCCAGAAUACAUUGACAUGGAGACAGAUGUUCUUGGAGCAACGAUGGAAGAAGAAAUGAACAAAUUCCUCCAAGCUGAACUGCGCUCUCCCAUUCUCGCUGCCAUCGAAUCCCUGUGUCAUCUUGCAGAAACGGAGGAGGAGGAAGAGCAGGAGGAGAAUGAGGAAGAAGCUGUGGAGGAGGAAGACGACGAAGAAGACGAUUUGUAUGACAGCAGUGAUGAGGAGGAAGAAAUGAGGAGUGAGGGAGAGGAGGAGGAAGAGGAGACAGUUGUUAUCGGCCGACUCUCACAGACCGAGUCGGCUGAUGAUGACUACAGCCCAGAGGGCGAAGAGGACGAUGAAGAGGAGGAGGAGGAGGAAGAGGAGGAGGAGGAAGAGGAGGAGGAUGAGGACGAGGAGGAAGAAGAGGCGAGAGGCGUGUAAUGGAGGAAAUUGUUUGAAAGAUUUUUAUGCCAAUAAGAGCACUUUGAAUUUGAUUCUCAACUGCGAGUGUCUUCUUGUGUUUGAGAUUCAUGUGCAGGGCAGAUUUGGAGCAAACCUGCUUCCACAAUCUCAACUUACAGGCAGAGCUGUUUUCUCUCGCCGCUCAUCAAGUUAAAGACAAAAGCAGCUGACACGUUUCUGCCUCAAACCUCCCUGCUGAGAUGACACACUGGAUCGCAACAGAGCAUUUAGUGAGCUGGAUUCCAAACUAGAAAUUUGCACUGAGCACCUGCCAAUGUGAAUCUCCUGCUAAACCUGUGUUGCACACUGCUUUGCUUUAUUACGGUGCUUUUAUAUUAAAAAGCAUCUGCUGCACACCUACAAGAAUGUGAAUGGCUUGUUUUCAGAGGAACUGUCAUGAUAUUUAACAAAGCCUCUGCAUGCUGGUGACACUUUGAAAACCCAAGAGACAUUUUUUUCCCCUAUUUACUUCAAAAUUAAACUUAAUGUUUUAGAAUAAGGGGCUCUUUAUUCAUGUAGCACAAUGCUAAGAUGGUUUUCGAAGGACCACCUACACUUGCUACAGCCCUGUAUUUACAAGGAGGAGGAGGAGUAGGAGGAGGAAAUUGCCUUGAAUACCAGUCAUGUUUUCACUAAGUGUCACCUGCUCUGCACAAUACCACUAGCUCACUCGCACUUCUUUUAUCGUCCAAGAUGUUUAUGAUAAUAUUAUGCACCUGUCAUUGAACUUGUGAUGGACAAACAGGUGCUAAGAUUUAACAAAAAGUAAAAAGUAAAAUUCAGGGCAUUAAAAAGACUCACGAAUGUAGUCAGUCACAGCCAGGGGAUCUCAGAUUACUUUAUUUAAUCCUUCCAGGCAUGGAAAACAAAAAUGUUGCAAUUUACUUCUUUUUCUAGGUUUUGACAACCAUAGUAAAACAUAGUAACACACAGGAGCAACCUGUUUUCAGUAACUUGUGUUGUUUGAAAUGGGACUCACAUGGGCAGAUCUUUGCCAACAUAUUUGACUUGAAGGAGAUGCAUGUGAUGUUAAGGCUCCUGGCGGGAAACAUUCACAACUUCAGCAGCGGUUCACUUGAAGCGAACCCUGUGUAAGUGGAUGGUUGUAUGCUUAAGUUGAAUAUUAGAAACCAAAGGGUGUGUGUAUGUGUGUGUGCGCGUGUGUGCAUGGAUCCUUUGACAAAUUACUUUGCAUGAUAUUAAAAAAAAAACAACUCAUUGCAAUCAAAAUAUUUUCAGUAUGUUAACAGUUUACAUAGGGUACAGGUUAAUGACUGCUUUUCAUAGUUGUGCUUAAAAAACUGAAUGCAUUGUUAAAAAAAAAAAAAAAAAAAAAAGAUCUGAAAUGUUCUUA